ACCAAAUCGGAGCCUCCUUGAUUCGUCGCCGCCGUCUAUCAUCGCCGCUUGUGACUCCGAUGAGCAGCUAGGUUAUUGAAUCAGAGAUAAUGGCUGCUUCAAUGUCAAGAAGGAUUUUUCGCACUUUUGGAUCCUUAACAAGUCUAGGACGAGGCUCUUCACCAAAUUUGUCGGCGAAUACGUCUGGAAAUGGUUUAUCUUCUCUUACUAGUGAUUUCAAGUAUGGAAUGGCUUUACUUUCCAACCGAAAGCUCUCCACUUCUAUUCUGACUCCUGAUGAUACAUUUCCUUCUGAUUUACUUACGAAAAAGACCGUGCUUACACCAGACCGAACCAUAGGACAAUAUCAAGACUUGGUCAUUCCGGUGACAAAUUUUCAGAAUGAGGAGAAGGGUUUCAUGGUUUUAGCAGGUGAUGUCUUUGAUGUUCCAAUAAGGAAAGAUAUCAUUCACAAUGUUGUGCGAUGGCAGCUUGCAAAACGCCAGCAGGGAACUCAUUCGACCAAAACAUUAAGUGAGGUUAGUGGAACUGGUAGAAAGCCAUGGAAUCAGAAGGGUACAGGUCGAGCUAGACAUGGUACACUGCGUGGUCCACAGUUCCGAGGUGGUUGUGUAAUGCAUGGACCCAAACCAAGAAGCCAUGCGAUAAAGAUGAAUAAGCAGGUUCGACGGCUUGGACUGAAAAUAGCAUUGACAGCUCGAGCCGCAGAAGGAAAACUCCUCGUGUUCGAAGAUUUGGCAUUGCCUACGCAUAAAACAAAGAACAUUGUGAAUUAUUACAAUCAAAUGGAGAACACAAAGAAAGUCCUUGUUGUAGAAGGUGGUGCUAUUGAUGAAAAGCUGAAGCUAGCCACCCAAAAUCUACACUAUGUCAACAUAAUUCCAUCAAUAGGGCUAAAUGUUUACAGCAUUCUGCUACACGAUACGCUUGUUAUGUCCCGUGAUGCUGUGAAUAAGAUCGUUGAGCGUAUGCACACUCCUAUUAACCGUUGAAGAGACAACAAUGUCUUAAAAUAAGAAUACUAGGUCACAAGGAAGACAGUUCCAAGAAAUCCCGCAUGUAGUUUCUGUACCGGUUCAUGGUUUGUUAGCGUUUUGGUCAGGUUUUGCAAAUCUGGAAUGAUGAAAGAUUGAGUUUUUAAAUAAUGAAUGGUAAUACUAUUU